UAGACCUUGCUUUUGGCCACAUCCUUUCUCUCGAAGUAUGAACCAGAUUUGUCAACAACUUGCAAGUAAAAGUUGUAAAGUAUCAAGUAUACAAAGCCCAGUUUUAUGAACAACUUGCAAUAUAAUUCCGCCCCUAGUUGUUCUUAAUGAACGACUGCAAGGUCUUCUCAAGUAAACGAAGAAACAAUAAUGGAGGAAAUGUAAGCUGCAUAUAAAUAUAGCUCUCACCCACUUUCUCUUCCAUACAAGGUAUAUGCUUUAUAUCAAAAUUAUCAAAAUAUCAAUUAUGGGGCUAUCACUGAGCUUGUGGAAUAGUCGCAUGCUUUCGAAACGAGUAGUUCUCUUCAUGUUUCAUUUCUUGGUUAUUGCCAACUCUUUACACUCUCUGCAGCAGCCAUCAUCUUCCUGCCAUGAUGAGGAGAGCGUCGCCUUGCUCCAGUUUAAGCAAAGCUUUGUCAUCGACGAAUUUGCUUCUGUUGAUGAGGGUGCUUAUCCAAAGGUUUUGUCAUGGAAAUCAGCUGCUGCUAAAGGAUGCUGCUCAUGGGACGGGGUCGAGUGUGAUGAGAAGACAGGUCAUGUUAUUGGACUUGAUCUUAGUAGUAGCUGUCUCUCCGGCUCUAUCAGCUCCAACAACACCCUCUUCCGUCUUGUUCAUCUUCAGAGGCUGAACCUUGCGGACAAUAACUUCAAUCAAUCUCAAAUUCCUACUACCAUCAGGAAUUUCCGAAUGCUCAGUUAUCUUAACCUCUCUGCCUCUUCCUUUUCUGGUCAAAUCCCAUCUGAAAUUUCUCACUUGUCCAAGUUGUCGUCCCUUGAUCUAUCCUCCAAUAGUGACAGUACCGGUGAAAGAUCACUGAAGCUAAACCAGUCCAAUCUAAAGAGGCUAGUUCAAAACUUGACGAGUCUAGAAAAGCUUCAUCUCAGCUCCGUCGUCAUUUCUGCACCAAUACCCAAUUCCAUGGCAAAUUUAUCAUUUUUGACAUCUCUCCUCCUAGAGUAUUGCGAGCUGCUAGGCGAAUUCCCAGUAAGUAUUUUAAAAUUACAGAGUUUAAAAUUUCUUAAUGUAGAAUCCAAUCCAGAUCUCACAGGUUUUUUGCCGGCAUUUGAACAAACUAGUCCUCUCAUGUCACUGAGAGUUUCCAGAACAAGGUUUUCAGGAGACCUCCCUUUUUCUAUUGAAAAGCUUGAUUCACUGAAUGAGUUAGUUGCUAGUCGAUGCAAUUUUUCAGGGUUGCUUCCAUCUUCACUCGGUAAUCUUAGGUGGCUGGUUUAUUUAGACCUUUCAAAUAACACACUUACUGGCUCAAUCCCUGCUUCCUUGGCAACCCUUACCCAACUGUCACAUCUGUCACUUGAUACUAAUCAUUUCAGUGGUUACAUCCCGUCUUCUCUUGGAAAUCUAACCCAGCUCACAACACUUACGCUUGCAUCAAAUCAGUUAACUGGUCCAAUCCCAUCUUCUCUAGGAAACCUCACCCAGCUCACUGAGUUAGACCUUUCUGGUAAUGAUUUCGGUGGUUACAUCCCGUCUUCCAUCGGAAAUCUCAACCAGCUGGUAAGACUUUCGCUUUCUAUGAAUCAAUUAACUGGGCCAAUCCCCUCUUCAGUAGGAAAUCUUAGCAAACUAAUUGAGUUGGAUCUUUUUUCAAAUAAUUUGCAUAGUUCCAUUCCUGAGUCCUUAUCCAAUCUCACGAAUCUCGUGACACUUUAUCUAGAUAGUAAUAGUCUGAGCGGCAAAGUGAAUUUCCACAUGUUUCUGAAGCUGCAAAAUCUCCUCAUACUGUAUUUAUCUGGAAAUAAAUUGGAAUUAUUGCUCGAAGAGACAAGAUUUAUGAAUGCAACAACAACUUUUCCAAAGUUUAUAACUCUGGGAUUGGGUUCUUGCAACAUAACAGAGUUCCCAAGUUUCCUAAGAUAUCAAGAAACUUUGCGAUGGCUGGAUCUUGCUGAGAAUGGAAUGCAUGGCCAAGUACCGAGAUGGAUGUGGAAUGUAAGCAAAGAAAGUUUGACAGUCAUGAACAUUUCUCAUAACUUCCUUUCUGGCUUUGACCAUCCUCCAGUUGUUCUUUCGUGGAGCGGCCUACAACUCUUGGAUCUUUCAUCCAACAUGAUUCAGGGAUCACUACUGAUACCUUCACCAUCCAUCGAGUACUAUGUAAUUUCAAACAACGGGCUAAGUGGACAAGUUUCACCUUUGAUAUGCAAUCUGACUUCUCUGAAGUAUCUUGAUUUGUCAAAUAACAAGUUGAGUGGCAUGCUGCCGCAGUGUCUUGGGAAUUUCAGUGAUAACUUGCGAGUUUUACAUCUCAGAAACAACUCUUUUGAAGGCCACCUCCCGCAAGCAUACACAAGCAAUCUGACGAUGAUUGAUGUUAGUAAUAACAAACUGCAGGGAAUAUUACCAAGGUCUUUGGUGAAUUGUGUGAUGCUUGAGUUUCUUGUUAUAUCAAACAAUGAAUUCAAUGAUGUUUUCCCUCUUUGGUUGGGGACUCUCCCAGAAUUGAGACUCUUGGCAAUGCACCAUAAUGGGUUCCAUGGGGUGAUAAGGAAACCUGAAAAGAAUCUAGAUCAUUUCCUUCAGUUGCACAUUCUUGAUCUAUCUUUCAACAAUUUCUCAGGCAACUUCCCCUUUGAAUACAUCUUCUCUGGAAAUGCAAUCAAAGGUAUCACUUCGAAUGAGUUCACAUACAUGAAGACUACCUCAGAUGUUGUUUAUGAUCCUUCAUAUCGUGGCGGGUAUAUCUCCUUCACAAUGACAAGUAAAGGUGUGGAUAGAUUCUAUCCCAAGAUUCGAGAGGACUUUGCAGCCAUUGACAUCUCAAGCAACAGAUUUGAAGGGAAGGUUCCUGAAUUCAUUGGGAAUCUCACGGGGCUUCGUUCGCUCAAUAUGUCCCAUAACAUUCUCACUGGUUUGAUCCCCUCAUCCUUGGGAAAAUUAAAGUUGCUUGAAUCAUUGGACCUUUCACAGAACAAACUCUCAGGGGAGAUCCCUCGACAACUGACACAGAUUUCAUUCCUUGCAAAAUUCAAUGUCUCUCACAACAAUCUCAGUGGUCCUAUUCCUCGUGGAACCCAGUUUGCUACAUUUGACAGUACUUCAUAUGAAGGAAACCUGGAGUUGUGUGGAGAUCCGUUGCCAAAGAAAUGUGGCAAUGAAGCUCCUCAUCAAUUGCCACCUGCAACAGAAGAAGAAAAUGGUUCUGAUUCUGGAAAUGAAUUGGAUUGGAAAUUUGUUCUUGCAGGAUCUGUGAGUGGGUUGCUAGUUGGAGUGGUUCUUGCAGAUGUCCUCAUCACAAGGAAGCGCGAGUGUUUUCUUAAGAUUGUGGGGAUACUAAUCAGACUAUUGAAAAGGAAAAGUGGGAAUAGGACUCGGAGAUAUUGAGCUAGUUUGUUUGGCUAUGCAACUACUCUUCCUUUCUGUCGUUCCUAUAUGUAUUGUGUGUUUCUUCAUUUUUUAGUGAAGUAGAGAAAAAAUGCAUGUUACUUUUAUAACUAAAUAUGAUUGCAAAGCAUAUCAGUGCCUA